CAAGAGAGAACUUUGAUUGUCUUAUCCUACAAGGGAUUUCGUGUAACCCAAGGCUUGAGAAGGGUCGAAAUACUCUUUAAGGAAAGUGCUCACGUGCGCGAUUCAAUCAUUAUCCAAGUUCACAUUCGUUACGUCCCGGAGUUACAAAGCCUGUAUCCACAACAAUCUUAAAGAGUAUUUAGUGAACAAUGGCUAAUGUUUCUGUGCGUGAGAUGACAUCAAAGUUUGGCAAAUUGGAUAAGUUUGAAGGAGUUGAUUUUAGAAGAUGGCAAAAGAAGAUGCACUUUCUCCUCACAACGCUCAAUGUGGUUCACGUUCUAAGUAUGCCAAUGCCCACCGUGUCGGAGAAUGGUGAAAACGAGUCCGUGGAGGAGACAAGGAAGCAACUUAAGUGGGAAAACGAUGACUACAUAUGUCGUGGCCACAUUCUCAACGGUAUGUCUGAUUCUCUCUUUGAUGUUUACCAAAAUGUCGAAUCCGCAAAGGAACUAUGGGAUGCGUUGGAAUCGAAGUACAUGGCUGAGGAUGCUUCUAGUAAGAAGUUCCUCGUGAGUGAUUUUAAUAAUUACAAGAUGUCCGAUUCAAGCCGGUAA